AUGGAGCUGACCGCGGACGUCAUCAAGCAGCGUAGCGGCCACUACGAUGUGAGUUUGGUGGCGCUGCUGGACGUCUCGAAGAUGCGAAUCCGGUACCUGGCUCAGCUGGAGUCCUGUUUGAACCUGCUGGAGCUCAGCUUGGCCCAUAAUGAGCUGCGCUCGUUGGAAGGUCUACCUUCGUUGCCACUGCUGCGCUGUCUUCACAUUUCCAACAACCAACUGACUUCACUCGACAGCAUGCCACGUUUGCCUCUGCUAGAAGAGCUUUCAGUUGCGAACAACCAGAUCCGAAGCAUCAAUUUUACUGCUUUGUCGACAAAGGUGCAAAUUGUUGAUACUCGUUUCCUCGAAAACCUCUCACUAACUUUUUUUCCAUUGAAGUUGCCAAGUCUUCGAGUCCUCGACUUCAGCGGGAAUCCCAUCGACAGCAGUGCCGAAUCAAAGAUAGCGAAGGCUUUUCCAGACCUGUUCAUUCUGAACGGCGAAGCACUCACACUCACCCGACUCCUUGAAGAAAUUUCGGCUGAUGACUUUGGGAAGUCCUCAGGUACCUCAGAUGACGAGCCUUUGGCUGCCGAUCUUGCCAGCGAGCACGAGUUUGGCACCACGGACGAUGAUGAUAUCGGAGUGAAAAACUUCAUCAGUGAAAGCACACGCAAUCUGCAAGGUUGGUUUUCAACUCGGAUUUUGGUACUGGGGUGCUCAUUGACACCGAAUUGGCGUGCUGCGUACAGAGUUACUGCAGCGGUGCAAGGCAACGGUGGAGGCUGCCGACCCAGAAGUUGUAUUUUCAGCGUCACCAACCGUAUAGUUGUUUAG